UUACGAGUAGGACUGGGAAUGGAACUGCCGCCCAAAUUGAGGCGCUCCAGGGCCCAGACCUGGCGUGUCGUACCGAGUGUGAGGUUGAGACAGGUGCCUGGCUCUCUGGUGUGUGUCACUGACCCUCUACCCCCUCACGGCCUCGGUGUCUGCACAGAGCAGUGCCCCCAAGAGGGAGGUCAGAUAUUGAGCUCUGGGAUGAAGGUUCCCAGCAAGAAGGAUCCUGAAAAGGAGGGAACAAUUGUUGUAGCAGGUCUAAAAGUUCAGAUCCAGGUAAUUUUAUAUUUCCUUUUUAUUCAUGAAAUGGAAAUCACACAUUCUAAUCUUCACACAGCUUUGCCUGCACCCAGUCAUACGGCGUGGUACCACACUGCUAUGUCAAGCACAGCCACAAUCUACCACAGAGCCUGUCACCUCAUUGCUCACAGUCACAAAAAUCACAUCCCCAGGAAAUGGAAACAUUGCUUUGCUUUUCCUGAAUUGUCCAGUGACCUAUCCCAGGCCUUCCUUUCCAGUGAACAAUGGACCAUGCAGGUGGACCCUCCUCUUCACGGGCCUCCAAAUGACUUUCUCAUUUUUCAAAUCAUUCCUCUGCACUCACUUUCUAUAAUGCCCCGGUUUCUCUGGAUUCUGUGCUUCUCCAUGGAGGAAACUCAAGGAGAACUGACAAGUUCUUGUGGUUCUAAAACCAUGGCCAAUGUAUCUUUGGCAUUUAGGGAUGUGUCCAUAGACCUCUCCCAAGAGGAGUGGGAGUGCCUGGACCCUGUGCAGAGGGACUUGUACAAGGACGUGAUGUUGGAGAACUACAGCAACCUGGUCUCACUGGGAUAUACCAUUCCUAAGCCAGAUGUGAUUACUUUAUUGGAGCAAGAGAAAGAGCCCUGGAUAGUAAUGAGGGAAGACAGGAAUUGGUACACAGAUUUGGAAUACAAGUAUAUUACCAAGAAUUUACUUUCAGGAAAGAAUGUUUGCAAAAUCUAUUUACCUCAAUUGCAGACAGGGGAAAAAAGUAAAAACAUCAUCCAUGAGGACACCAUUUUCAGAAAUGGUUUGCAGUACAAACAUGAAUUUGAGAGACAAGAGAGACAUCAGAUGGGAAGCGUUAGUCAAAUGCUAAUCCAAAAACAAAUAUCUCAUCCUCUACAUCCAAAAAUUCAUGCUAGAGAGAAAUCAUAUGAAUGUAAGGAAUGUAGAAAGGCCUUUAAACAACAGUCAUGCCUUAUGCAACAUCUGAGAAUUCACACUGGUGAGAGACCCUAUAAAUGUACGGAAUGUGGAAAGGCCUUUUGUCGAGUGGGAGACCUUAGAGUACAUCACACAAUCCAUGCUGGGGAGAGACCCUAUGAAUGUAAAGAAUGUGGGAAGGCCUUUAGACUUCAUUAUCACCUUACUGAACAUCAGAGAAUACAUUCUGGUGUGAAACCCUACAAGCGUAAGGAAUGUGGGAAAGCCUUUAGUCAUGUUAGAGACCUUAGAGUACAUCAGACAAUUCAUGCUGGAGAGAGACCUUAUGAAUGUAAAGAAUGUGGGAAGGCCUUUAGACUUCAUUAUCAACUAACUGAACAUCAAAGAAUUCAUACUGGUGAGAGGCCUUAUGAAUGUAAGGUUUGUGGCAAGACCUUUAGGGUACAACGACAUAUUAGUCAACAUCAGAAAAUUCAUACUGGUGUCAAACCCUAUAAAUGUAAUGAAUGUGGGAAGGCCUUUAGUCAUGGCUCAUACCUUGUUCAACAUCAGAAAAUUCAUACUGGUGAAAAACCCUAUGAAUGUAAAGAAUGUGGUAAGUCCUUUAGUUUUCAUGCAGAACUUGCUCGACAUCAUAGAAUUCAUACUGGUGAGAAACCCUAUGAAUGUAGAGAAUGUGGAAAAGCCUUUCAUCUUCAAACAGAACUUACUCAGCAUCAUAGAACUCAUACUGGUGAGAAACCCUAUGAAUGUAAGGAAUGUGAGAAGGCCUUUAUUUGUGGUUAUCAACUUACUUUACAUCUGAGAACUCACACCGGUGAGAUUCCCUAUGAAUGUAAGGAAUGUGGAAAAACCUUCAGUAGUCGCUAUCAUCUCACUCAACACUACAGAAUCCAUACUGGUGAGAAACCCUAUAUAUGUAACGAAUGUGGAAAAGCCUUUCGUCUUCAAGCAGAACUUACCCGACAUCACAGAAUUCAUACAUGUGAGAAACCCUAUGAAUGUAAGGAAUGUGGGAAGGCUUUUAUUCAUAGCAAUCAAUUUACUUCACACCAGCGAAUUCACACCAGUGAGAGCACCUAUGUAUGUAAAGAAUGUGGGAAGAUUUUUAGUCGUCGCUAUAAUCUUACUCAACAUUUUAAAAUUCAUACUGGUGAAAAACCCUACAUAUGUAAUGAAUGUGGGAAAGCCUUUCGAUUUCAAACAGAACUUACUCAGCAUCACAGAAUUCAUACUGGUGAAAAACCCUAUAAAUGUACGGAAUGUGGGAAGGCCUUUAUUCGCAGCACUCAUCUCACGCAACAUCACAGAAUUCAUACUGGCGAGAAACCCUACAAAUGUAAGGAAUGUGGGAAGACGUUUAGUCGGCACUAUCAUCUUACUCAACAUCACAGAGGCCAUACUGGUGAGAAGCCCUACAUAUGUAAUGAAUGUGGGAAUGCUUUUAUUUGCAGUUACCGACUUAUGUUACAUCAAAGAAUUCACACUGGUGAGAUUCCAUAUGAAUGUAAGGAAUGUGGAAAGACCUUUAGUCGUCAGUAUCAUCUUACUCAACAUUUUAGACUUCAUACUGGUGAGAAACCUUAUAGCUGUAAAGAAUGUGGGAAUGCCUUUCGUCUUCAAGCAGAACUUACUCGACAUCACAUAGUUCACAUGGGUGAGAAACCCUAUAAAUGUAAAGAAUGUGGGAAGGCCUUCAGUGUUAAUUCAGAACUUACUCGACAUCGCAGAAUUCAUACUGGUGAAAAACCCUAUAAAUGUAAAGAAUGUGGAAAAGCCUUUAGUCGUAAUGAUCACUUACAUCAGAGAAAUCAUAUUAGUGAGGAAGUCCUAUGCAUAAUAUAAAGAGAAUACGACGGCCUUUAGAAAAUGCCCUUUAGCAGAGAAUUUGUAAUUUAAGAAAUUUUCUGUUUGUUACGGAACAUGUGGGAAUCCCUUUUACUUCAUGCUCACAAUUUAUCAGAAAUUAUUUUAUAUGUUAAAGAGCUGAAAGACUAUAGCAUCACUCAGUCCCUGUUAGACUUUAGAAGAUUGAUACUGAUGCACUGCAUCCCAAACCAUCAAGGGCCUUUUCCCCUGCAAACCGUUGUUGAACAGUGCUUCUCUAAAAUGUAAUAAUAAUGGGCCAGGUGAAGUGGCUCACACCUGUAAUUCCAGCACUGUGGAAAGACAGGAGUUCGAAACCAGCCUGAGCAACAUAGUGAGACCCUGCCUCAUGGCUUUAGUGAGCCAUGAUUGUGCCACUGCACUCCAGCUUGGUGACAGAGUGAGAUCCUGUCUCUAAAUAAAUAAAUAAAAUGUGGGCCAGGCACAGUGGCUCACACCUGUAAUCCCAGCACUAUGGGAGGCCCAGGUGAGCAGAUCACCUGAGGUCAGGAGAGGUUCAAGACCAGCCUGGCCAACAUGGUGAAACCCCUUCUCUACUAAAAUACACAAAUUAGCUAGGCGUUGCUUGCUCUGUGGAGAGGAAAGGAAGAAUACAGGCAACCAUUGUCUUCCCUUUUUGGAUACACAUGAUCUGUACAAAGUGGUCAUCACUAGGUCUCUCUUGUCCAGGCUGUUUCCCUCUUAAGUUGUCAUACAUGCUACAAAUUCUGCACUUUCACUCAUCCAUUAGAGCAGGUCACUCUUUUAGACUUAGGAGAUAAUGUCUUUCAUAGUCCUCCACAUCAAGGAGUAAACUAGGUUUUCUCAAUUAUGAUGGGUUUUUCUCUUCUUGUCUCGAACUUGUUUUUCUUUUGUCUCAUCAUCCUCACUCCAAGAUGUCACAACAGCAUCAAUCAUUUUUCGGGGAUUAUUCACACUAGAAACAGUAAGCUUUCCCAAAGAGCCCUCAAAUUGUACUGGCUUAUAGGUGCGCUCCAGUUUGGCCACAUGAGGGGUGAUAAGCUUGGUGUGCUCAUUUUUAGGGCCAUCACCUCGUAUUUCUUCAGCAGCUGAUGGUUUCUCCAGUUUUUCAAAGUAAUUCUGGUAAUAAAAAUCAUCCAGGUAGGGAUCAGUGCUUUGCAGUUGCAUCAUCUGAAUUUUAGAGGCCAAAUCCUUUUCCUGCAACAACAUGAGAUUGGCAUAUGGAUCCUUUCGGAGAUGAUCUUGAUGACUGCUCCAGUGACUUCCUCUAUCUCCUGCACCACUGAGAUUCUGAUGCUGAUUUCUAUUCUGUUGCUGUCUCUGAUGCAAGAGUCAAUGGUGCUGUGGAUGGAGGUGAGUUGUGUCCAGUCUAAACACUGGAACUUGAGAUCUUAGGUUUUGCAAGUGAGGUCCUGGGCCAGGAGGCUGCUGCUGUGUAGGUGGUAUAGCAGAGGGUGGAGCACUAAAGAAGGCAUGGAAGCCUGGUGCUGGGGGAAGCAUCUGCCCAACUUGCCCUUGUAGCAACUUAGGAUUCAUAGCAGCAGGUGGACUACCAACAAAUCCAGGAACCCGUGCAAACUGGCUGGGAGACAUCUGUCCAGGCUGUAGCUGUGCUCCUCCAAGAAGCUGUGCUCUCUGAAGGGGGCUGAGAACAGGAGGAACACUAGGAGGAAAAGGGUGACCCAGGAGGGAAGAGUUCAGGACACUGUAGAGCUGAUUUGGAGACAUCCUGUCAUCAUAGGGACCAGGAUAACAUGGUGGCAUUGGGGGCCGAACAUGGACAGGCUUCAAAUGAAGAAUCUUCCAAAUUGGCUUUCCUUUUCAGUUGCUGGUUUCAGCUGGAGGAAAGUCUAUGGAAUGGGACUGCACAGGCUCUGUUGGGUAAAGCAGGGUACAGCCAUCUGCUUAGGUGGGGUGCCUAUGGGGACAGCUCUAACAGGAGGACUGCCAAUGACAGGUGAAGUUGACCACCUUGGUAAUGCAUGUUCAGAAAGGUCCCAAUCAUUUUCUGGACCCUUGGGGGGCCUCUGAGGCAAGGCAUAUUCUAAUACAGACACUGCAGACAUUUCCUAAGCAAGCAGUGGUCCUCAGGUUUGUCUCAUAACUUCAGAUCCAUCCCAGAUACUGGAAUUCAGAUUUCCUGGUUGGGGUUGUAAAACUGGCCUGGUCUGCACUGCCCUCAUGAUAGCUGGAUCUUCUAGUUCAUUUUCAAUCACCAUCUUACUGAGUCUUUCUGCCAGAUUCUCCUCAUGGUCACCCAACAAGUCCAUUUCUUCCCUUUCUCCAUUGCCUGAUUGUUCAUUAACUGCCACUGGUGGCUUUUCUUCCAAUUCAGCCAGGUGCUCAUGUGCUUCCUGCCAAUCAUCAUCAACUGCACCUGACCCAAAUGUAGCAUCAUUGAAUUGAUCAAUCUCAUCAUCUUCUUCUCUCAGUCCCUGAAAUCCAUCUUCAUCUUCAUCCAGAAGACAAUCCUCCCAAGACUCAUAGUGGAACAUUCUUGGGGAGGUGGGGAGGGAGCAGGAAGGGGAGUGGGGGAGGGAAGGAAGAAGCACUGACUCCCUGGGCUCCUCCAUGGGCAGGUCCUCCACCAGCUUGCAACCCUGGCCACCUAUUUCUGUUUCUCUUUAUUUGUUCCUAUAAAUUCUAGUUACUAUCAUGUAUCAUUUCCUUAAUCCAAUACAACUCUGCUGUCAUUUACUUCCUUUAUGCUGCUACUGUCAAAUUACAUUUCCAUGUUAUAGGCCCAACAAUAUAAUUAUGUACAUAUUGUAUUGUACAAUUGCCUUUUAAAUUUAUUAAGAGAAGUAAAAGAAAUGUGCAUUUGUGCUGCCUUUUGUAAUUUUAAUUAUAAAUAUUAAUUUUGUUAUUUUAAAAAAUGUGGUUUUGAAUUUCCAUGUGGAUUUACUUGCUUUGUUUGAAUAACCUUUACAAUUUCUUAUGUGGUAGGUCUGGGAAGGGCUUUAUUUCACCUUCAUUUUUGAAAGACAGUGUGUUACUGCUUGACAGAGCUUUUGUCCUUUGAGUACUUUGAAUAUAUCAUCCCACUACCUUCAUCCCCUCCAUUGCUUUGGAUAAGAAGUCAGCUGUCAAUUGAUUGGUGUUCCAUUGUAAGUGACACAUCAUUUUUCUCUUAUAUUUUUCAACAUUUUCUUUCACUUGUAGCAUUUCUACUAUGAUAGGUCUGUUCAUGGAUAUCUUUGCAUUCAGAUUACAGUUUUUUGAGAUGCUUGUGGGUAUUGAUUAAUGUUUAUUCAACAAAUUGUGGAUGUAUUUAGCCAUUAUUUCUUUAUUUUUUGUGCUCAUUUCUCUUUCUCCUUUCCUUCUGGUAUUCUCAUUAUAUGUAUGUUCGUGCACUUAAAAGUGUCUUAUAUUUCUUCAAGCCUCUGUUCAUAUUUUCUUUGUUCUAUUUUCUCAUUCUAUUUUACAUUUUAUUUUCUUAUUUUUUCUAGUGGGAAAAUGGAAUUGAGGUUGCAUAAUUUCCAUUGAUCUAUUUGAAAGUUUUCUAUUUACUCUGCCAAUCAAAUUUAUUUAGCCCUUCUAAUGAAUUUUUUGUUUUGGUUACUGUAGUCUUCAACUCCAGAACUUACAUUUGGUUCAUUUUGUCAUUUCUCCUUAUUGAUUUUAUUUGAUGAGACGUUAUCUUUAUAUUUUCCUUUACUGCUGUGAAUAUAUAACAGCUACAUCGAAGUUUUUGUCUAUUAAAUAUGACAUCUGUUCCCUGUCAUAGGCCAACCUGUUGCCUGUUUUUGUUGUUUUGUUUUUUUUGUUUUGUUUUUUGAGACAGUCUUUCUCUGUUGCCCAGGCUGCAGUGUAGUGGCGUGAUCUUGGCUCACUACAACCUCUCCCUCCUGAAUUCAAGCGAUUCUCGUGUCUUGGCCUAGUUAUAGGCAUGUGCUACCACGCCUGCCUAAUUUUUGUAUUUUUAGUAGAGAUGGGGUUUCAUCACAUAGUCCAGGCUGGUCUCAAACUCCUGAGCUCAAGUGAUCUGCCAACCUUGGCCUCCAAAAGUGCUAGGAUUACAUGUGUGACCCACGCACCUGGCCUUCUUGCUGUUCUUCUGUGUAUAGGUCCAACUUUCCCAUUUGUUUGCAUGUCAAUUUAUUUUUUAUUAUUUUCCUAAUAAGUAGACAUUAUUAGGAAACAUACUGUAGUGAUUUGCCUGUCCCCUCUCCAGAGCUUGUUCUUGUUGUUGUUUGCUUGGUUAUGUAUUUUGUGUUUUGGCUAAGCUAUUUUAGUAAAAUCGAUUUCCCUUUCCCCUUGCAGUGUGAAGUAUUUUGUGUUGUUCCCCAGCCUUAAACAUAUGCACAGUUACCCUGGUGUGACAAUGGUUUUAAACAGGAGUCUCUCUGAUUAUCUUUCUCUAUCUCUCUGUUAAGAUGACUGCCUCCUUGGUAUUAUUUCCAGCCCACUAGGCUCUGCUGCCUUCUAUCUGGUCACUCCAUUGUUUUCAACAUUUCCUUGGAGCAUAAAUUAUUAAGCAGUUUAAUAUAAUUUAAGUCAGGCAGGGCUAGUUUUUGAGGCCAGCUUUUAAGGUUUCUUUUGAACUUUGGAGGGCUCCUUAGCUGUCUCUUCCCAUGGAAUUAUCUGAUUAACUACUUGGCCUAUGGUUUAUGUUGUUGUGUUUACUUUAGGGGAGCUAUUUGUUUGACACUGUUUCAGAUAAAUUCCAUUCCGUUGGAGAGAGCUUCAGAGCUCUGUUCUUACAGACUGCCACUCCCUCUGGACAAAAUCUCUGAACCACCAUUCUGGGUAAUAGGCUGGGUGGUUGCCAUCUUGUUUUUUAUGUUAUGAAACCUCUGCCUUACAAGCAAGUGGAGGCAAGGGCAAUCUGGGUCCAAAUCUGAGUUCACUGUGCCUGGGUAGAGUUUCCAAACUGUGGGUGGGGCUGGGGAAAGCUAAGGAGCCUCUUAGUUGCGUUCACUAGGAAUUUAGCCACUUUAACCAAGAGCUGUUGGGGAUAAGAAACCCUGGAGGCAUGCCCCUCCUGUUGAUAUGUGACAAACCUUGAUUGACAGCUGCAGCCCCAUCAUCUUGGCAGCAUCCACCCACAGUGAAGCUUCUAUCAAAUUGAGCUGUGAAGAGUAAAAGGGAGUGGGUUGUGUCUUAAAUGCCACAAAUUCUCUUACCAAGUUCUCGGUUCUUAGCAAGUUUUAGUAGAAUUUCUUGAUAUUUCACUUCCUAUAUACUCUUUGGACACUUUCAGACCUCAAAUGGCAAGGUUUUUAUACAUUUUUUUUGCCAGUUUUAUUAGAAAAUGAGUUUGCAGAGCCCCCCCAUCUACCAUCCAGAAGUGGAACUACAUAUAGUCAUUUAACAAUAGUUUAGCAUUUCCUGUCGUCUCAUUCUGGAGAAUCAUAGACGUGGCAGAAAUACAUAUUCUUGAAGAAAAAAAUGUCUCCCUUAUGGGUACUGUGAUUUCAAUAGGGUGUGGGAUAAGUACAUGACAACAUGCAUGGGAUACACACUCUGUUCUCUACACAUCUGUGCUUUUGAGUUAGAGAAUAUAAUAUAUAUAGAUGGGUAUUACUUUUAACAUGUGACAAUCUAGUUGUAGUGUUUAAGAUUAAAUUUGGUUGUGAGUAAAAUAGUAAAAG